AUGUCUUUUAAAUCAUUAAUCCAGUCACUUUCGUUGGAGGAGAAGGUUUCCCUAUUGGCGGGCGACUCCUAUUGGCGGACCGCUAGUUUACCGGAUCAUGGAAUCAAGGCAAUCAAGUAUAGCGAUGGUCCCAACGGCGUUCGUGGGGAGUCUAUUCACGCCUCAACCAAAGCAACGUGUUUUCCAUGCGCGGCCUGCGUCGGAUCAACGUUCAACACCAAUCUUGCCCUCCGAAUGGGACAGGGAAUCGGUCAAGAAUGCAACACGAAAAAUGUCGGUCUUCUUCUUGGACCUACAGUGAAUUUGCACCGGUCGCCUCUAGGAGGCAGGAACUUUGAAGCUUACUCCGAAGACCCAACUCUUUCCGGGCUGUUGGGUGCUGCUUUUGUCAAUGGAGUUCAAUCCCAGGGCGUUUCGGCAUGUCCUAAGCAUUUUGUCGGAAAUGAAUGUGAAACCAACCGGAAAACUUCGAACACGAUCGUUGAAGAGAAGACUCUCCGAGAGCUGUACGCGUAUGCAUUCCAACUGCUGUUGAAGAACUCCAAUCCCUGGGCCAUCAUGACCUCGUAUAACCUCGUCAAUGGCGUUUUCAUGUCAGAGAAUGAGACAAUUCUACAGGACGUGCUCCGAAAGGAAUGGGACUUUGAGGGAGCCAUAGUCUCCGAUUUUGAGGGCGUAUACGCAACAGUUCCUUCAGUGCUGGCAGGUGUUGCCCUCGAACUACCGGGCCCUGCUCGGUUCCGGGGAGAUCACCUUUUGAAAGCUGUUCAAAAGGGCCAAAUUCCCGAGUCCCAAAUUGACUCCUUGGUGGAAGAUGUGGUUAUUCUGGCAUCAAAGGUGGGUGGUAAGGGCGAUGAUGGACCAGAGAAAGACAUUUCCCCAGACGAAAAUACCGCUGCAUUAGUGCGACAAAUUGCAAAUGAGGGAAUUGUUUUGCUGAAAAACGAAUCCAACACACUUCCAAUAUUGCCACAGACAAAUCCGAAAAUUGCAGUUUUUGGAUCCCCAGCAACCACACCAAUCAUUCAUGGAGGUGGUAGUGCAUCGUUGACUCCUUCAUAUGUGAUCUCUCCGCUAGAGGCACUUGAAAGGAGGUUUGGCAAAGAAAACAUCAAAUAUCAUGCCGGAGUACCUAUCUUCAAGAAGAUCCCGUCUGCUCCACUAUCAUUGAUGGCAACAGAAAGGGAAGGAAAGCCCGGGGUGGACUGCUACUGGUAUAAUGGAUGGACAUUCGAAGAGAAUCAAGUACACCACGAAGUGCUGGAAGCAACACAAACUCUGGUGAUCGAAUCCCGCAUUUCGGAGCUUGCCUCAAAGCACUGCAGCCGCAUGAGGUUUGUCCUCCGACCUAAGACAACAGGCAUCCACACAUUUGGGGUGACAGCAUGCGGAGAGAGUGUCCUCCGUGUUGAUGAUGCUAUAGUCUUGAAGCACGGUGGCUUCAAGGAUUGCCGAGUUGAAUAUGUGAUGCAGGCCGGUGAUUAUGAAGUCCGAGCCAGCCUCGCAAUGAAAGCCGGGCAAGAGUACCACGUCACAGUCGACACGCUCUCAACAACGGCUCCGGUCCCGUCUCCAAUCUUCAAGAUUACCCCCCAAGCCACGCGGGUUGGAUUUUACGAAAAUCUUGACAGUCCGAUCGGGGAAGAUAUGCUGCAGCUUGCGGCAGAAAGCGAUGUUUCGAUCAUAUUCACCGCAAACAACAAAGAAUUCGAGUCCGAAUCAUUUGACCGCAGUUCAUUGUCGCUAUCACCUCUUCAGGAUGAAAUGAUUCGCGUGGUUGCUGGCGCAGCACAAAAAUCAGUCCUGGUUAAUCAGACUGGCUCGCCUAUAUCCAUGCCGUGGAUCGAAGACGUGAAUGCCAUUCUUCAAUGCUGGUAUGCGGGUCAAGAAGUGGGAAAUGCUCUGGCGGAUCUGAUUAGUGGUGACUUGAGUCCUUCGGGCAAGCUCCCUGUCACAUUUCCUCGGCGUAUCGAAGAUUCUCCGUCUUUCGAGAACUUUCCAACGGAUCAUGAGUUGAGAAUUCGAUACGAGGAGGGACUGGAGAUGGGAUAUCGUGCUCGGAACAAGCCGUCUCCGCUAUUUCCUUUUGGAUUUGGACUUUCGUACACCAAUUUCAGGUGUACUGAGUUAGUAAUUCUGAAGUCGGCUGGCAGCUCGUCAGCGGGUGAAUUGAUUGUUGCAACAACAGUUACUAAUAUUGGGUCUGUCGCUGGAAGAGAGGUGGUGCAGAUUUACGUUGGCGGCAUCUUGAAGGCAUUUGAUGGAGUAACGCUGAACCCGGGAGAAAGUCAGGCCGUUGAAGUCUCUUUGGACAAGUAUGCCUUCAGUGAGUGGGACCCUAACCGGAGGUCGUGGGUUGUGAAGGCUCGGGAUUACACUGUUGAGUUACGACAGGACGCCAACACGGUGAUAUCUUCAGCCGCUUACAAAGUUGAGAAAGAGUUCUUCUGGACUGGGCUUUAG